AUGAAGGUCUCACUCGCCUUGCUCAGCUGCCUUGCGGUGGCCCAGGCCCACUUCGCCUUCCAGCCCAUACAGCCUCCUCUGAGGGCCGAAGAUGAGGAAGAAGGGCUUCUCUCCAAGAGAGAAUCCGGUUUCUUUGAGCAGCUCAUCGACCACGAUAACCCGGAACUUGGUACCUUCCAGCAAAGAUACUGGUGGAAUGCCACGUUUUGGGAGGGACCUGGCUCUCCAGUGGUGUUCUUCACACCUGGAGAAUCGGAGGCUUCGGUGUACACCGGUUACCUCACGGACCGUGCCAUUACAGGAGCCAUUGCCAAGGCAAUCGGCGGUGCUGUCGUCAUGGUUGAGCACCGUAACUGGGGAACCUCCUUGCCGUACGCGCUCCAAGAUACAAAGAACCUCCAGCAGCACACCAUGACCAACGCGGUUCUCGACUUUGCCAACCUCGCUCGCAACGUCAAGCUGCCUUUCGACACGAACAGCAGCAGCAACGCCCCCCAAGCCCCCUGGGUGUACACCGGUGGAUCCUACUCCGGCACCCUGGCCGCCGCCAUCGCGAAGCUGGCACCGGGAACCUUCUGGGCAUACCACGCCAGCAGCGGUCCCGUCGAGGCGACGUACGACUACUGGGGCUACUUCCUCCCCAUCCAGAACGGCAUGCCCAAGAACUGCAGUCGUGAUUUUGAGCGGAUGAUUGACCACAUCGACAACGUCUUGCUCACCGGCAGCGACGACGAGGUCUACUCCUUGAAGAAGAAGUUUGGCCUCCAGGACCUCGCUCACAAGUCAGACUUUGCCUCUGCCCUGGUCGGACCCCUUGGAUACUGGCAGUCGAUCCAGCUGUACUCGGGCUAUUCCGUGUUUUACCAAAUGUGCGAUUCCGUCGAGGGCGCCACGGGCAACUCCUCGGCGCCCAACGCGACCUACAGCGCGGAUGGCGUCGGUCUUACGAAAGCGCUGGACAACUACGCCAACUGGUGGACCACGGUGUACCUUCCGGGGACUUGCGCAUCCUACGGCAUUGAAGAGUGGCAGGAUCCCUUGAACGUGGCCUGUUUCGAUUCCUACAACGCCACGAGCCCCAUCUACACCGACUGGAGCGCCGACAACCCAUUCGGUCGGACUUGGUACUGGAUGACGUGCAACGAGCCCUUCUUCUACUGGCAGACUGGUGCCCCCAAGGAUCGUCCCACCAUCGUCUCGCGCUUCGUCACGCCCGAGUACUACCAAGGCCAAUGCGACCUCUUCUUCCCCAAGCAGGGCAACUUCACCUAUGCGUCCAACGCUGGCAAGACCGCCGCGGACCUGAACAAGUCGACUGGCGGCUGGUUCUUCACCAACACCACCCGCCUCAUGUGGUCCAAUGGCGAAUUCGACCCCUGGCGAUCCGCCUCCGUGUCAAGCGAGCUUCGUCCCGGCGGCCCGCUCAAGUCCCGCCCCGGUGCUCCGGUCCGCCUCCUCCCGGGAUCCCGUCACUGCAAUGAUUUGCUCGUCAAAAACGGCGCGGUCAAUGAAGGUGUGCAGGCGGUCAUCACCGCCGAGGUCGACCAGAUGAAGACUUGGGUUGAUGAGUUUUAUGCUGGCAAGGCAAAGUACAGACGCCGCGCCGCACGGCCUCUGUGA